ACGACACUUAGCUACACUUAGGUAGCUAGUAGUUACUUACUAGGUAAUAGGUAUACCGCAGUGGUAAUUGGUAAUGUAAAUAAUAAUAUUAUGUUUAUUGCCGUCUUUAUUGAGAGGUCUAUUUAAAAAGUACAAUGAAUAAAGUAUUUCACUCUGAUAUACUCAAACUGUCGAAAAAAAGUCUGUUAAAAAAAUAUUGUAGUUAUGUUAUAAAAAGAAAAUAUUCCAGUAUUUUGGGAAUUGAAACAUCUUGUGACGAUACAGGUUGCGCUUUAAUUGACUUAAACGGAAAUAUUUUAUCAGAAACUUUACAUUCUCAAAAUUUAAUACAUCUUCGUAAUGGUGGAAUUAUACCCGAUAUUGCCCAAGACUUGCACCGAAGAUAUAUCGGGCCUGUUGUUGAUAAAACUUUGGAAAAGGCUGAAUUAAGCAUGUCUGAUGUUAGUGCUAUAGCUGUGACUGUUGAACCAGGCCUACCUUUAAGUCUUGUUAUAGGCAUGAAGUAUGCAAAGCAUUUAGCAAGAAAAUAUAAAAAGCCAAUAAUUCCUAUCCAUCAUAUGGAGGCGCAUGCUUUGAUUGCAAGAAUGGUUCAUGAUAUAUCAUUUCCUUUUUUGACAUUACUUAUAUCUGGUGGCCAUUGUUUAUUAGCAGUUGCUCAAGAUGUAAAUGAAUUUAAGCUAUUAGGCCAAAGCUUAGAUAGUGCCCCAGGAGAGGUUUUUGAUAAAGCGGCUAGAAGGUUGAAACUGAGAAACAUUCCAGAACUAUCACAAAUGUCAGGGGGUCAAGCAAUAGAAACAGCGGCUUCAAAGGCAACAAAUCAUAACAUUUUCAAAUUUCCACUACCUCUAGCAGAGACCAAAGAUUGUAAUUUUAGUUUUAAUGGCUUCAAAAGUACUGCCUUGUAUCAUAUAUUAAAAAAAGAAAGAGAACACAAUAUUGAAGGUGAUCAAGUAAUCCCAGAAGUUAAUGAUCUAUGUUUAGCAAUGUUGAUGGGAGUAACAAGACAUUUGUUACAUAGGACUCAAAGAGCUAUGGAAUUUUGUGAGAUUAAUAAUCUUUUGCCAGAAAAUAAGAAACAAUUAGUUGUUUCGGGUGGUGUAGCCUGUAAUAAUCAUAUAUUCAAAGCUCUUUCAAUAUUAUGCCAAGAAUUUGGUUAUGAAAUAUACAGACCCCCACCAAAGCUGUGUACUGAUAAUGGAUCGAUGAUUGCUUGGAAUGGUUUAGAAAAGUACAAAAAACAAAUCGACAUAGUAACCGACUUAAACCAAAUAAAUAUAAAUCCUUCCAGCCCCUUAGGGGAAAGUUAUAUACAGAAAGUUAAAGAAGCUAGAAUACCAAUCAAAUUAAUAAAAAUAAAGGUUAAAUCAUAAUAAAGAGAAAGGCUCAAAAA